AUGGCCGCCCCUCCACCAAUUCCGACCUUGGAACGACUUCCAGCGUCCGCGGAGCACACCUUCUCAAGUCCAUCCAAAAGGAUUAACGAUGGUGAUGACCUACAAUUCUUUCACACCUCUACGGCAUACCAAGAUCUCGUAACAUGGCUUCUCCAACUGAGCCGCUCCAUGUUCCCAACGAGAGAAUCGGGAAGCGAUGUCCAACCAAGCACUCUCGACUCGCCACCACCCUUCUCUUCGACCGUCCAAAGCCUACAAGAUCUGGUCUCCGACCUUGAAGCACUAACCAAGGAUGCGCCACCGGAUACCGGACCAAGAAGAUUUGGCAACGUAGCGUUCCGGACAUGGUUCAAGCUCAUGGAAGAGGCCCUGGAUCAACUGUUGGACAAGCAUUUGGUACCUCUUCUACAGCGAUACGAACGGCAGCAGUCGGCUCUCAAGGACGAACUUGGAGCCUAUCUUCUCGGCAGCUUCGGCAGCGCUCAACGUCUGGACUAUGGUACAGGGCACGAGCUAAGCUUCCUUGCUUUCCUGGGAUGUCUGUGGAAAUUAAACGCUUUCGAGGACGGCGAGGAGAGGGCAAUAGUUAUGGGCGUGAUGCAGCCAUAUCUGAUCCUAGUCCGCGUGCUUAUAAAUACAUACACCCUUGAACCGGCAGGCUCACAUGGUGUCUGGGGUCUUGACGACCACAGCCAUCUCCCAUACAUAUUCGGUUCUGCGCAACUCGGACCUGCUAUCGACGUCACGGCACAACCACCACAACCCACUCCAACGGAAGGCUCUUCUCCAAACUCUCCGCUGCCCAGCUCCGUAACCGACAAGGCUCUCGUCGCGGAUCUAGCAGAGAGCAAUAUGUACUUCUCCGCCAUCGCCUUCAUCUACGCUGUCAAGCGCGGCCCUUUCUGGGAGCACUCACCUGUCCUCUAUGACGUGAGCGGAAUCAAGGACGGCUGGGGCAAGAUCAACAAGGGCAUGGUGAAGAUGUGGGUGGCGGAGGUGCUGGGGAAGUUUCCGGUGGUGCAGCAUUUUGUUUUUGGGAGCCUGUGGAGGUGGGAGAGGCAUGAGAGUGUGAUGGCAGACGGGGCGAAGACUGCGCACGCGGCCAGUCAGCCGAGGAGUGGCCAGCAGGCGCCGGGGUCGAUGCCGCCUCCAGGUGGUGCUGGCACGAAGGCACCAUGGGCGAAGCCCGGGGUUGGCGGAGCGGAGGUGGGGAAUGGAGUACCGAGUAUGAGGGCGCCGUGGGCCGGUACGCGGCAGCAACAUGCAGGGCCCUCUCAUAUGGGGGCGACACAACGACCUCCCGCUGCUUCCGGCAUGCCUCCUACUGCCGCACCCUGGGCUGCCACGCAACGACCUGCACCCAGCAAUGCUACAGCUGGCGUGUCUCGAACACCUGCUCCGCGGAGAGAUGGUGGCUGA